AUGGACCCCUGUCUGACGGUGAUGCCGCCAUGCAUGGGCGAUGCAGACCGUUUCAGCCUGGAGGCGCUCCGGGUCAUCCACAAACAGCUGGACGACGAUAAUGACGGGGGGAUUGAGGUCAACGAGAGUGUGGAGUUUAUUAGAGAAGACAUGAAGCAACAGCAAACGAACAAACACAGUAACCUGCACAGAGAAGACCAACACAUCACUGUGGAGGAGCUGUGGAAGGGCUGGAAAACCUCUGAAGUUCACAACUGGACAACAGAUGACACGGUCCAGUGGCUUAAGGAGUCGGUGGAGCUGCCUCAGUAUGAGAGGAACUUCAGAGACUUCCGGUUCAACGGAAACACGCUGCCUCGAUUAGCGGCAAACGAACCGUCGUUUAUGUCUGGUCAGCUAAAGAUAUUAGACCAGCGGCACAAACAGAAACUAAAUCUUAAAGCCCUAGAUGCUGUGCUCUUCGGCCCUCCCUUACGUCCACAACACAACUGGAUGAAGGACUUUGUGUUGAUGGUAUCUAUAGUGAUCGGGAUGGGGGGCUGCUGGUUCGCCUACAUCCAGAACAAGUCUUCCAAGGUGCAUAUGAGUCAGAUGAUGAAGGACUUGGAGAGCCUGCAGAGUGCUGAGCAGAGCCUCAUGGAUCUUCAGGGACGCCUCGAAAAGGCCCAGGAGGAGAACCGCACGGUGGCGGUGGAGAAGCAGAACCUGGAGCAGAAGAUGAGGUAUGAGAUCAGUGGCGCCAAGAAGGAGUCGUACCGCCUCCGGGAGCUCCGCCAGGGGGCCGAGUGUGAGCUCAGCCGCCUCAAAUAUGCUGAGGAGGAGCUGGUGCAGGUGCGUAUGGCCCUGAAGCGUGCGGAGAAGGAGAUGCAGACAGAGUGGUCGGUCCCAGAGGCCCUGCAGAUGUGGCUACAACUCACCCAUGAGGUGGAGGUCCAAUAUUACAACAUCAAGAAACAUAGCGCAGAGCUACAGCUCACUGUCGCCAAGGAAGAGGCAGAGAAAAUCAAAAAGAAGAGGAGUUCUGUGUUUGGAACACUUCACGUCGCCCACAGUUCAUCACUGGAUGAAGUGGACCACAAGAUCCUAGAGGCCAAGAAGUCCCUGUCGGAGGUGACGGCCUGCCUGAGGGAGCGCCUCCACCGCUGGCAGCAGAUUGAGAAGCUAUGCGGCUUCCCCCUGGUGCACAACUCUGGGCUGCCCAGCCUGACUGCCACCCUGUACUCUGACCACAGCUGGGUGGUCAUGCCCCGCGUCUCCGUGCCCCCCUACCCCAUCGCCGGCGGGGUGGACGACCUCGACGAGGACACGCCUCCAAUCAUUCCACAAUUCACCUCCUCUAUAAUGCGGCCACCUCUGACGCGCAGCAGCAGCCUGUGUCGGUCCCGCCGGAGUCUCUACAGCACCCCGCAGCCGUCAAUGAUGUCUGCCGACCCUGACCUGCUCUCUAUGGCCAGCCCACCCCUCUCCUACCACCCAGAGGGUGAAGAAGAACACAUCAUCUUCAUCGAGAGAAAGGGGGACACUCAGGAUACGUCCUCAGACACAGACUCUCUCAACUCCUCCAUGGGACGGAAACAGUCCUAUGCCAACCCCUGCACGCCAGGCCCAGAGCCCCCCUACCGCAAGAUCUCCCGCGAGGAGCUGAUGAUGCUGAGCCAGCAGGAGCCUCAGACUUACAUCCGGGACUCACCCCCUCCUCAAGGGGGAGUUGCGUCCCUCUCGACUUCCUCCUCGGCCAACCCCUCCCCUGCCCUGGAGCACCACUCACACUCCCACACGCACUCGCACAAACACAAGGGCUCACCCGACCUCACCCGUGGCUCCAUCCCAGAGUCCCACAGCAUGUCCUUCACCACCCCGACGGCGGGAAACAAGGCCGUGUUCAACGGCAUCCUGGAGAAGUCCUAUAGCAUGGGCCAGCUGCCCGCGGGAAUGACGGGGCCAGGGGGGGUGGUGGUGGUGGGGCGCAACCCAUCCCUCACCUCACUGGACAAUGAGGGCAGGGGGGUGGGGGCAAAGGAGAAGAAGCUACAGAGAACCUCCUCUCAGGACUCCUGUGACAACGGAGACAAGACCAAGAAGUCCUCGUCCAAGAUCAAGAGCUUGUUCAAGAAGAAAAAGUAG